ACUGAAUGGACUGUGAGAAUAGAAGAAGAGAGAAGAGGAGCAUGUAGAUCAAGUCCUCCUUACAAAAUCCCGUAUGUGGUAUAGUGGCUUUCCCCCUUGACAAGUCUCUCCCAUAGCCAUCCCCAUACUGUGAUGCCAUGCAAGGAUGACUGCUAUUCUGAUUCCCACUUUGCACCUAUGAGAAACAGGCUCAGAAAUAUGAAGGACCUUGCCCAUGACAUGCGUUCUAAAGAUCAAGAGCCAGAUGUCAAACCUUUGUGUCCACCUCCACCUCCCUAUAGGGGACAGAGCUCUGACAUGCUGGCCAGGAGGCUCUUGGUUGCCACUUCUUUCACUCACUUUCCAUGUGCCCCUGACUGAGCCUUGUAAACUGCAGGCUUCCUUUCCUUCCACUGUAAACCAAAGGGGCCGGACUGCAUGGUCUCUAAGAACGUUCUCUAAAGUGGCUGGUAAGAAAGCAAUCACAAAUAUUGGAACAAAUAUUGUCCGGACUCUUUGUGCUAUUUCCCAAAUAUGAUUCAGGGAGUGAGCCAACAGAUAGAGGAAGAUAUUUGUUUUUGCUGGUGAGGCCGACAGAUCCUUCUUUCAAGCCCGAUCAAACAAGAGGUCUGUGCAGGCCACAGCGUCAUUGCACGUCAUGGGCCUUGCGUGUUCCCUCUCUCCCUGCUACUGCUCGAAGCCUGGGAGAACGCUUUUGAAACCAAUCAGGAAAUUACUUAUCAAUCUGAAGCCCCACAGAGUUAUGAAUGCUCCCUGCUGCCAAAGGGAAGGGGAUUUCGAGUGAAAGCUCCACAUCUGUGCACAGUAGAAUUCAAAGACUCCAGCUGUUGGAAGGUCUUGCGAGCAAUAGCCAAAGAUGUUUAUCUUGCUCUAUGUUACAAGUUUUGCCAUUUGUGCCAGUGGACAGCCUCGAGGUAAUCAGUUCAAAGGAGAGAGCUACUCCCCAAGAUAUAUCUGUAGCAUUCCUGGCUUACCUGGACCUCCAGGACCCCCUGGAGCAAAUGGUUCCCCUGGGCCCCAUGGUCGGAUCGGCCUUCCAGGACGAGAUGGUAGAGACGGCAGGAAAGGAGAGAAAGGUGAAAAGGGAGCUGCAGGUUUGAGAGGUAAGACUGGACCGCUGGGCCUUGCUGGAGAGAAAGGUGACCAAGGAGAGACUGGAAAGAAAGGACCUGUGGGACCAGAGGGAGAAAAAGGGGAAGUAGGUCCAGUUGGACCUCCUGGAGCAAAGGGGGACAGAGGAGAGCAAGGAGACCCAGGGCCGCCUGGAAUUUGUAGAUGUGGAAGCAUCAUGCUCAAAUCUGCCUUUUCUGUUGGCAUCACAACCAGCUACCCAGAAGAAAGGCUACCAAUUAUAUUUAACAAGGUCCUCUUUAAUGAGGGAGAGCACUACAACCCUGCGACUGGGAAGUUCAUCUGUGCCUUCCCAGGGAUCUAUUACUUUUCUUAUGAUAUCACAUUGGCGAAUAAGCAUCUGGCAAUCGGGCUGGUACACAAUGGACAGUACCGGAUAAAGACCUUUGAUGCCAACACGGGGAACCAUGACGUGGCUUCGGGGUCCACGGUCAUCUAUCUACAGCCAGAAGACGAAGUCUGGCUGGAGAUCUUCUUCACUGACCAGAAUGGCCUCUUCUCAGACCCAGGUUGGGCAGACAGCUUGUUCUCCGGAUUUCUCUUAUAUGUUGACACAGAUUAUCUAGAUUCCAUAUCAGAAGAUGAUGAGCUGUGAUCGGGACUGAUAUCCUGAAUGUUCCGAGAUUCCUGUGGCAGACACUUUGAUUUAAUCUGGGGCCCUGGAAGGUGGAGCAAGCAGAAAUGAGAUCCAAAGAGACUCCCACUCAGAUUCCAAAGCAUUUACAGAGAAUUCUAACAGAAUCUAUUAAAACAAGAUGAACCACCAAGUGGUUGAAACCACACCAAAAUGAAUUCUAUAAAACAAUAAUCCCAGAUAAGAAUCCUCUCCAAAACAAUGUUCAUAAAUAUUUAAACAAGUUAAAGACAAUGUUAACAAAUUUUCUAUUAAACUCCCAGAGUAAUAAAAUCAGCUGGCAAUGAUAUUGUCUCAUUAAAUCUUCAUAAAAUUACAUUUUUGCUUGCUAUUUAAGAGAAUCAUAACACCCUAGAAAAAGUCUCUAACAAUUCUCAAAGUCAAAAACUAAAGGUAAGAGGUACUGAAUAAUUUGAGGCAAGCUAGAGUGAAGUGAUAACUUACUUUGUUUUAUUAUUUGUUCCUUCACACUCAUAUAUGUAUUCAUUCAACAACUCUUUAGUAAGCCUGUGUCACCCAGACACUGUGGUACUGGGACAGAUUUAAUAAUGAGUUAAGACAAAAUCUCUACUUCACACAGGCUGGUGUGUGAUGAGCAUACUGUCACAAUUCAGUGAGAUGAACACCUGACAAACAGUCUGACUCGAAGCUGGAUGCACAUGGGACCUGCUCUUCCUGGAGACGAGGGCCAGAGAAGGUUCCAUACACGGAAAAAUGCUAAGCAUGCUAAGUUGUGUUUGUUUAGGAGGUGGGAGGGAUACAAAGAAAACAUGAAUUCAGUGGCUCCACUCACCCCAUCUCAUCCUCAAAAUACCCCUGGUAUUUGCCUUCGGAAAAGGGUGUUAGAAAACUCAAAGAUAGAGGGGCCCGGGAGAGGUAUCGGAAAUGAAGAGAAACAGGUUACUGAGAUCAGCCAGGAGGUUAUUCUCCUAAGCCUUUAGCUUACAGUUUCCCAAGACAAUUAUUAUUCCUCUUAGCUUGUGUACAAAUGACAGGACUACAUUGUCAGGAGGCAUUUUUUCUCAUGGAUUUCCAGGGUAUUGAAUUCAAGUAAAGUGAAGCAUAGGCCUACUGAUUUAUAGUAAACUGAUGGGAGUGAACAGGAGAAGGAGGGAGAGAGAGACCAGACGUGUGAGCAAAUAAUAGUCCCUUCCAAGCCUCACGGUUCCUGCAGUCCCACCGUCUCUUGGGGUGGGCAUCUUGUUCCCCACAGCUACACAGUUCCUCACUGUUCCAUCUCAGUCAUGAUUCUCUUUAAUCUGCUACUCCCUCAGUCAUAGGAUUCCCUUACUCCCUUCCUUUUAGUAGCUCCUAAUCCUCCUUACAUGUGUUCUGUCUUGGCUCACUCAUUUAAUAGACAUUUGAAAUGCCUCCUAUGCGUGAGUCACCACAGAGUUCUGUGAAGGUGGAGGAACACUGAGGUGAGUAUGGCACAGCCCCUGCCACCAAAUUUCUAAAGAUAUGAGAAAGGAAAUGACACACAUGCCCAUAUACAAAAUACCAAGAGUUCUAGAAAUGAGCAGGCUAAAAUAUGUGAAGUGCUAAACUGAACAUAGAGACAAAUGCUCUGAAAGAACUGCUGAGGGAAGCAGGCUUACUUUCAAAUUGAGGGGUGAGAGAGGAGGCUUGGGAAGUCUCCUCUGCCUCCUGGGCCUUCCAGGUAGGUGAGAUGUAAAGUGACUAAAGUGAGGACAGAGGUAAUAAUGGGGACAAAGCAUGAAAGUAAGAACAAAGACCCAGAAAAGCCUCGAAUGCCAGCCUGACAAAUGUGGACUUCAUUUACAAGGAACCAUGGAGCCCCUGUGUGCUCCAGAGCUGGAUCUGCCAUGAUCAGAGGUGACAUUUAUAGUGAUCACACAGCAGUGUGUGAGGGCAAUGCUUGCUUCUCUCAUCAGCAGACCUAUCUCCCAUCAUCUUCUGCCUGCCAUGCUUUGCCCACUUGCUGCUCUCCUUCUGACUCAGGACAUAAGUCUGGAAGGCCAAGAGCAAUGAAAGUAGAAAAGAAGAGAAAACAAAGGUGGUUGGAGAUAGUCACCUGCCUCUAGAUAACAGCUGAGCCUGGAAGGCCAGACUACAAAGUGUAACAAAGAGCCAACAGCAGAAGCUCACCUGGGGAACAUGAAAAUAUGGGCCCUUUGAAGACAAUGGGAUUUGCUGGAGAAACUGGAAAUGGAGGAAUUAUUGCAGACAGUCAUGACCACAAGAUUAUUGUGUAAUUUAAAUUUUUUUCUGAUCAUGAUCCAUUAAUACAUUCAGUUUGUGGACAUUGUUUACCUAUCUUUUAAAUGUUUCUUUCAUGACAAAGCCUAUUUUGAGUAGCUUUUUUGUGCUUCUACAACUGGUUCUAGGCCAAAAGAUGAAUUUUUAUUUUGAAAUAUCUGGUGGGAUUGUGAUGGGUACCAGAGAGCUAAAAUGGGAAAGGAAAGACUAUUUUGAUAUUAAAAGGAUAAACUCCUUAA